AUGGCGGACUUCGAAGAGAGGCAGAGGUUGCUGGAAGAAGAGGACGAUGCACCGCUCACCGACACACAGGCACCCAGAGGACCCGGCAGACCCUUACCGGCUAUCUGCGACCCCAGCCACCUCCUUCAUCGAGUGGUUGUCCUGGUAUUCAUGUGCUUCCUGGGAUUUGGUGAGCAUCUAAAACACUGAACGUUAACUUCCCGAAGCAUCUUGUAUGAGUAUUUUGGUAAUUUGGGGCUAAGUUGAAUGGUAACAUGUGGUGUUAUAAAAGCUUACGGCGUUGUUGCCUUUUGUGGCUUGAGUAUAAAACAUUUUUAUUCGUUCAAUCUGUUAAUUUUAAUAUUCUUCUCCAGGAAGCUACUUCUGCUAUGACAACCCGGCUGCACUUCAAACCCAAGUCAUUCAGGUAGUUCAUUGCUCGUAAAUGUGCAGAUGUACACAAGAGUGCUGAGUGUUUUCACUUUUCCUGACUAGGACAUAAUCCUGAUAAGUGAAAGAUUUACUUUGACAUAAAACACAGAUUGAUGUCUUUGUAUGGAGAGGCUUUCUUGCAUAGUGGUAUCUGCACAACAGUCGUUUUAAGCUGCCACUAAGUGCUGUUUUUACAGGACUUAGUUUAACUUUACUCUGUCCAUAACAAAUCAAUGUAAGAUAAUGACUGUCUGAUUUACUUCCUCCCUGAUUGUGCCAGGAUCUGAACCUGAAUACUGCAAAGUUCAUGCAGCUCUACGCCUGGUACUCAUGGCCAAAUGUGGUCCUCUGCUUCUUUGGGGGAUUCAUGAUUGACAGAGUGUUUGGCAUCAGGUACCAACACUAAGUCUCAUUAAUUUAAAGUACAUUAGUCGUAUUAAGUUAAGUGUCUUAAGAAAUCAAUGUAAUUCUCCAUCGUUAUCUUCUACAGGCUGGGGACUGUCAUCUUCUCCCUCUUUGUCUGCGGUGGACAGGUAUGUCUAGAUUUAAAUGUUAAUGUAAAAAGGGUUUAUUAUAGAGAGGGUGAUCACAAAAGUUAACACCACUGUUGGGAAACAAAGAGUUUUAAAAAAAGCAUUUAAACUCCUUCACCCUGCACAGAUAAUAUUCGCCACUGGAGCCUUGGUUAACCGUUUUUGGCUCAUGGAAGUUGGACGCUUCGUAUUUGGGUGAGAAAUGAUGCACAUUCAUGCAUAUAUUAUAUAAGCAGCCAUUCUAGUUUCUGAUCCAGGGUUGUCUUGAAAUAAAAAAGCCUGCUUCAAAAGUCUAGUAACUGUCGUAAUCUGUCCAAAAGUUUGGUUUUACACCUUCUUGUAUUAAAACAAAUCCUAAGAAGGUGAUAUUUCCCUGGUUAGUAUUGGAGGAGAGUCCUUGGCUGUGGCCCAGAACACAUAUGCAGUCAACUGGUUCAAAGGGAAGGAGCUGAACCUGGUGUUUGGCCUUCAGCUGAGCAUGGCUAGAGUGGUAAGAGCCCUGCCAAUAAGACAUGAAGUAAUCAUCAGAUAUUGAUGAUAGUGCGUUGUAGUUCAUUCACCCUCCUCUCCAAUGCUGUUGUUUUAAGGGCAGCACAGUGAACAUGAACAUCAUGGGCUGGGUGUACAGCAAGGUUGCAACCCUUGUUGGUUCUCCUGGACACACCACUCUGGGAGCAUCACUCAUGAUAGGUAAUCAGAACACAAAAAUAGUAAGUGCUUCACUUGAGGGAAAAACCUUGAAGUAGGCAAGUCUAGACACUAAGACUCGGGUUACACGCUCUCUGUUUCUGCCUUUAAGAUGCACUUACACUUUUCUCUGUAACAACUGGUCUCAGAUAACAUAACCAGCAAAGCCAGAGAGAAGAAGUAAUAAAGAGAACUAAAAGUAUGUCACAUGAUCAGUUAGAAAAGGCGUCACUUCUUAUAACUUUUUCCUUAGUGUGCUUAAAGUGCUUCCACUUUCACACACUAUGCAGUUGUGUCUUCUUUUAUAGCCUGUCUUAAAUGCAGCCAUUUGUUAAACUUCAUUUUGAAUAAACCCACUUGACAAUAAAAAUUAAUCAGCAGGGAUCUUAAUUUUAAACUGUUUAAUUAUCAUAAAAGUAAUACAAGAACUUCCACUGUCUUCUGCUUACUCCCAGCCUCUGUAACCUGCCUCUUUUCACUCAUCUGCGCUUUGGUGUUGGCAUUCCUGGACAAAAGAGCAGAGCGGAUCCUCCUCAAGGAACAAGGCAGAACAGGUAGUGUUUUCUUCCUUUAUCUGUUUGUUGUUCCUCUUUGGCCUCAUAUGUCAAUAUGUGGAAGACAGGCUCAGUGGCCACGUUUUGUUUUGGUCAUUAUCUGCUUAGAUUCCCCCUCUGCCUAGACAAUUUAUUGACUUCAACACUUUCUCCUUUUUUGUAAUGACAGGGGUGGCUAUUUCAAAUACGGUGUGCAGUAUAAUUUUCCCUUUAGAGCAGGAGGUGUCUCAUGCGCUAUGUUAAAAGCACAUAAUGCUCUCUGGCUGAUCUGCCUGUGUUUUUUCUUAUGCUGCAUUAGGUGAGGUGAUCAAGCUGACAGACGUGAAAGACUUCCCCUUCCCCCUGUGGCUCAUCUUCAUCGUUUGUGUCGGAUACUAUGUCGCUAUUUUCCCCUUUAUUGGACUGGGACAGUGAGUAUUGCACCAGUGGCAUGUCUUACACAAGGACACUAAGUCUAUCCUGUACUUGAAUGUACCUGUUACUCUUACUCUGACAGUCUGUUUGUUUUAGAAAACAGUAUGUAUUAUAUUUUUGAUAUAGACAUUCAAUAAUGUGUCUGCUGUCUGUUUCUGACCCUUUCAAAAUAAUUAUGAAACAGCAGACAUGUUGUUGGCACAGAUAUGCUGUCUUCUUACACUUAAUGUGUCACAUUAUUGGCCAGACAUAUCAAAAUCUUUUAAUCUGCCAAUAAUGAUAUUAUGCCAGUUAUAUUGCAAAUGUAUAAAUACUUGUUUGCACUAAAUAAACCUAAAUUUUAAUUUACUUUUACGUUGUUCUGGAGACAGCUCCAUACAAGACAGUAGUAUAUAGAAGAUAUACAUACAAGGGAUAUAUUUAUAUAUAUUUGUUGAAUUUAAUGGUCCUUAGUGGUCUGUUGUAAUUUACUCACCUCAUUUUACUUUAUCUUCUACCCACCUACACACACUCACACACCACACCUGUAACUUUUUGACCUGAAUGCUCCACACAUACAGCUCCAUUACUAUUAAUGUUGCAGGUAUGAAUAAUUCAGUAGUAUGUAGCCAUAUCUGGUGUUAUUGUUAAAUAAAACAUAUGGGUAUGUCAUGUUAUAGUCACUACCUGGCUGGUAUUAAUACUCAAUUCUGAUUGAUCAAAACCUCAUAACAACAGUAAUUAGCUCUCAACAGUAAAAGCUAAAUAAAUAAUACAUAAAACCAGAUGUAAGGAUGAUGAUUAAAUACAUCUUGAUGAUUGAUUGUAAAAAAAGAAAGAUACUAAAGCAUGAUCCCACUGAGCUUACCAUCAUGGCUUGAAUUGAAAAGACACAGCGCCUGUGUCUGAGGGAAGGUUCAGCAGGGCAAACCGACAUUGCACAAAUGGAGUCGGGAAAGGAAAGCAGUUUGACAGACGAAAGGCACUCUCAAAUCACCUAGCAACUGACACGGUUUUCCACACAGGACCAGCGCUCACAAGGCUAAUUGUUGUUAUGCAAAUGGGGCAGAAAACAAUGUAUGGAGGUGUGACAGCUACCUGUGCGAACACUCCUCUCCAUUUUUGUCCACUCCAGGGGUAACCUGCAUAAACACGCUCAUCAUUUUAUGUCUUUACUUUCAGGUUGUUCUUCAUUGAAAAAUUCAACUUCUCCCCUGCUGAGGCCAGAGCUGUCAACAGGUAACAUAGAGGGCCAGAAAGCCACACCUACCUGAGGGCACUAACUCCAUUUUAGAGCGCUUCUGUUGCAUUUUGGUUCUAUUUGUAUUUUUCCAAAGCGUAAAAAGCAAAUUAAUUCUGCUUUAUCAUUUGUGGGGAAAAAAACAGAAUUGGUCAUAUGCUAAAAUAGAUUCACAACUGGGGAAGUAAAAAACCUUGGAUCAGCAACAUGUUAAAGAUUUGCUCUUAUUUUUCACUUUAAAAUUUCAACAGUGAUAUAAGGAUUUGUUUACCAAAAUUCAAGUAUUCAGUUUCAAGGGGUUGCAUCAUUUUCAGCACAAGCAUCUGUAUAUAUGUUUGUUUAUGUUUUACAAGGGUCAGCUUCAACCAGGCCAUGUAACCAAGAUAGCUUUUACAUCAAUAAACAACAAGCAGUCAGCUUAAGUAAAGAUUUUCUUGUACAGUGAGACGUAAGGAGCUUCUCCAGUGGAGUUCUUGAAUGAGAGAGUAGAGCUGAGAUUUCUACAAUAAGGAACCUGUAUUAGAUCUGCUUUUAUGAUCCACAUAUUCAUCCUUCAUUUCCUUCUCUAUUUUUUCCAGUAUUGUGUACAUCAUCUCAGCCCCUGCGUCUCCAAUUUUGGGCUUUAUGGUGGACAAGACGGGGAGAAAUGUGAUUUGGGUUAUGAUCGCCGUGAUUGCCACCCUCGCUGCUCACAUGAUGCUGGCCUUCACCUUCUGGAACCCAUGGAUCGCCAUGGUAAUGCUCCUGCUUCUUGUGCUAAACCAACACGGUUUUGUCCCCCAUAAAAAGAAAAAAGUACUGAUCCAGUUUUCACAUGAAUGCAAUACUUUUAGAUUGGAGGAGUGUGGUGGUAUAUCAAAGUGAUGAAAGCAUACACUUAUCUUUGCUUGUUUUCCAGUCCCUCCUGGGUGUUUCAUACUCCUUACUGGCUUGUGCGCUGUGGCCCAUGGUGGCAUUUGUGGUGCCUGAGCAUCAGUUGGGGACGGCUUAUGGCUUGUACGUAUAGGCAGCAAGUUCAACAGACUCAGAUCACUCAUUGUUGAUGUUAUUAACCAUUUCAUAACAGCAAAUUCAUAAAUAACUUGACAUUGUAAAAGUGAGAAUUUAAAUUUGAUUUAUUGGUGUUUAUUAUCUUUGUGAUAUUGUUAAAUUCUCAUUUUUACUUGUUUUUUCACUUUGUCCAUCAGCAUGCAGUCCAUCCAGAACCUUGGACUUGCUCUCAUUGCCAUGGCAGCAGGAUCCAUCCUUGACACCAGAGGAUACCUGGUUUUAGAAGUGUUUUUCUGCACCUGCAUUUGCAGUAAGAUGCCUUUGCCUGUUUUCUUUGAGGGACACAAUCAGUUAAUUCCUACAUUAAUGUUUCUUCCUCUCCCUUGCAGUUGCACUAAUUGCUGUGGUUAUGCUGUACUUUGUGGAUUAUCUCAGAGGUAAGAACAAAGAAACUGGAGGCUCUCCUACUGCUUCAUCCUCUUACUCCUCUCUACUUCACUAACUUUUUUCCCCUCUUUUCCUUGUGUGGCAUCUCUUCACUUCACUGCCACUCUUCAUCACGCCUCCCUCCUUCAACCAGACUCAGCCACUUCUUAAUCUCUCCGUCUCCCUCUCUUGCUCUUCAGGAGGAGAUCUAAACCGGUCGGCUGCAGUCAGAAACAGACUCCAGAAGGAGGCCUCUCCAGAUUCAGAGUGAGUAGCCUUGACUCUUCACCUUCCAUCGCUGAUUUUCUACCCACUUUAUCCAACAAUUAGACCAGCAUCUCAGAAACGUGGUUAAAAACCCACUUAUGUCGUCGAGUAGAAAGGCUUUUAUUGUCUGAUCUCAUUUACUCUGAAUGUGUCCUGAGCUGAACUUCUUAAUCUGAUCUUCUUUUUGUGUCUUAGAGCAGUCAAUGAUGUAAAAAGAAAAACAAUUUGAUGAGUUGAUCAUCAUGUUAAUGUUAUAUCUGCUGCUGAUGUUGAGAUUUUCCUCAUUUAGCAACUCUAAAGUGAUGUUUUUAUAGUUUUACUCUUUGGUCCCAUACUUUGCACUGUAGCCAUCAUGUGACUUGCAGACAGGCCAGCAGAAUUAUGCUUCAUUUUAUUAUUGAUCCACAACUCGUGGUUUUAAUAGCUGACAAGGUUCAAGUGUGUACAGAGAUUAAGAGUCGCAUCUUCUGUGUCUUUGCGGAUUGGAAUUUGACUUGUUUUACUUGCUAUGGCUCUGCAGGCACAGUGCAGGCAAAUUUCCAUAAAAGUGAACACUCUAAGAAAAAAGCUGCCCACGAUUCAAGAAGAAAGAAAUGAUCCACUCUCAUGUUUUGCUCUGGCACUUAAAAAUUGUCCUUACUCCACCAACUAACUAACUUAAGGCAAGAGACUUAAAAACAACUGCCAUGAAGUCAAACUGAAACUUCUGAAUCUCACUUCAAGUUUAGUAAACAACACCUCGCAUUCAAAAAGUGUUUUUUAUACUCUUCAAACUGCGACUCCAAAGGCUUUAAAUAACUAAUUUUAAAUUUCAAAACUGGAGCAAACAGUGUGGUGAAAUAUAAAUUCCCCCACUCGAGCUCUGAUGGAGGAAGUGGUUGCUGUGCGCCUUCUAAGCAGACCAGAUGGGUAAAAUGAUUCUAGCUUUCGUUCUACAUUUAAACUCUUUCCUGUCAACAACACAUCACCUGCGGUUGGUUUCAGUAGUGUUUAAAAACACGACACAGCAUCUCUUGGUGGUCAUGCUUACUUCCUCUUCUCAUUCUAGGUGCCAGAGCAGUCACACUAGUUUCUGCCCCUGUCUUUUUUCACUUUAUCUGAUUUAGAUUCAAAUCACUGAGUGUUAAAAAUGGCUUAUGGUGUGUGAAAAAAACAUGGACUCAUAUUCUUUGUCCACACUGUGACUCAUAUUUUCCAGAUGAUGAUGAGGAGGAGGGAACGCACAAUGUCAUGGGCUUCAGAGCCAGUGGGCUGCACUGUCCACCCUAAAGCUGUCAAUCAACUGCCAUGGGGCGGGACUAUCCUACUGACUCCGCCCAGUGCUGUCAUCUGUGGCUCCUCCUACCAGAACUGAGUGUCUGGACUCUGCUUUACAUAACUGACUGAAUCAGAAACUGAUCAGGACUCUGACAAAUGACAUGUUACAGUCUGGACUCUCUGACUCUUCUUCAACUGACUUCAUCUCCAAAGUUCACUUUCAUCUCACUGGUGUGGUGUGGUGUGGUGUGGUGUGGUGUGGUGUGCGUGCAUGCGAGCGUGCGUGCGUGACAGUCAAAAUACUUUUAAAGCAUUUUAACCCUUUUGAAUGUUCAGCAGAGGAUGAUAUUCAGCGAGAAGGUGCCUAUAACCUGAAAAAGAGCUUGAUUUUAUUACAUGUUAAUUCAAUUACCAAUAUAGGAUUGUAUAUUAAUUUACUUGUUUUAUAUGUAUAUAGGAGGUUCUCUGUGGGCGUUUGUACAGGUUUUUUAUACUUAUCCUUUUUUUAAUGUUGUCAGCAAGACUCUGUUACCUUCCCUGCCGCGGACAGCUCAGCAAUUUAUUUAUCCACAUAGUGUAUCUUUGUCAGCACUCACAAGUAAUUGCCAAUCAUAUUCUUCCUUACUCGACUCUCCCCAGGCAAGCCGAGUUCAUUUACGGUUUAAUCAUACGUCUCAUUGACCUUUCACGGAGAAUAAUCUCAAAAAGAGCAUAGCCUUUGAUUGUUAAAAUUUCUUUUAUAUCCUAAUUCCUUUAUCUGCUCUUAACUGGGUUCAGUUCAUAAAAAAUCAUUUACUGUUGUAUCAUCAAAUGGUACAUUAAUAUAAUGAUCAAAAAGAGAACAGUUUACUUUUGAAUGCAUUAACCCCUGUAAUGAUAUUCAGAGUUUCUGCUUUUAACAAAUCACUUCAUUAACAUGACCUUUUUAAAGAUUCAGUUCCAUGUAUAAAUGAAAUAGACUUGUGUUUUGCUCUUGCUCAAGCUCAGGUAAUUAAUUCAUUUGUGAGCAAUGCCCCAAACUUUUACUCCAUCUGAAGGAUGAGACAAAAUAUCGAUGCACUAAACUUUCACCAUUCCAGUAACUUGGAAUCAGAUUUGUCUCCCUGUGAUGUGUUCAGGGCCGCUCUGUGGAUGAUAAACAUUCACUACCUCAGUUCAGUUAGGCAAAUAAGUCAACAAAAUAUAACGGGAUAACUCGAUAUCUGCUGAGAAUCUUAUUUUCUUGACUUCCAUUGCUGGAUUUUGCAUUCACAUCAGUGAUGUAGAAGAUUUACCCUAGCAUUGUUGCUUGGUAUGGUUUCAGCUGCGAAAGAGCACCUUUGUAACCAUACCUAUGUGCGAUGAUGAUGAUGUGGACUCAAAACACUGCUUUACAGUUACACUAUAAAAACAACGCCUAAUGCAAUUAAAGAAACCGAGAAGACGUUCACUAAAAUGUUAUGAUUGCACAUAAAGAAAUGACCUCAGGGUCACACUGCUUUCUUGAACUGUCAGUUUUUUGCACUUUAACAGCGCAGCCUUUCCUAACUAAGAAUAUCUGUGUUAAAUUAUCAAGUGUUCUGGUCUGUACAAAUGGAAACGAUCACUAUGACUGACCCAUUGUUCAAUGAGAGAAGGAGUGACUGAUCAAUCAGCUUUUUUUGUAUAACCGAAUCAUAUUUGAUACCAGAUUUUUCAUGGAAAUAUGCCAAUGAAUUAAAUUGCUUUGUGGAAGCAUUUGAGUUCUUGGUUAUUGGUUUCACUUUUUUUAAGCAUUGAAGUUGGUAAGUUACUUCUCAGCCUUCAGCAACAGCCUGAGGACAACUCACACUGGUGGUAUAUUGCUAAUGUAAUUAUACCCGUGUCAGAGCUGGCUAUAGGACACAUCAAAGAUGGCUACUUUAUUAUUAUCUCUACAGGAUUAAAAGACGGCCCAGUCAGCUGACAGAGGGUGAGCAAGCUAGACUAGCGCCCAUGUCUGCUUUCGGUUUACGCAACAGGUACCUCUCCAGGCUGGGCGCACAGGUAUGCUCACACAAACAAAAACAUACCUUGUAAUUUGAGACAAUUCAAACACAUACCCAUUUAUUUCCAUUGAGCCUUUAUCACUGUCGCUUACAGAGGUUGGAUAAAGUUAGUCACAGAUAUAAUUGACAGAUGUUGCUAAUUCACAGCUAACACACUGAGAAAAUCUAAAAGAGACUCAUCUCUUCAAAGAAAUGUAUUCCACCUAUUUUCUCUUUCUGUCUUCUCACUCUCUUGUAAUAUCUCUUAUCUCUCAGCUACCAGACCACUGCUCCACCCAUGUAUCAUCACUGGCCUACAGGAGUGUUCUGAAAUGA